UCGCGCCGUUAGGCGUUAACUUCCCCGCAGUCCCGGCUCGCCGGGCUCCAGGGGCUGUUGAACUUGCGCCUGUGUCUCAAAUCACCUCAUCGUCCGCGUCCUUAUGCGCCUCGGCUCGUUCCCGUGAGUGUGGCGGGGCGCGGAGCCGGGCGGGGCUGCGGCCCCUCGGUGCGGGCGGCCCUGCCCGGAGCCAGACGGGAGGUGCGUUCCUGCCUCUCCGGCCUCCCCUUCAUCCCUCUUUACUCCACAGGCACGUUUCUGGAGGUUUCCCCCCCCCCCCCGCCCUGUGCAGGAACAGAAACCAGGCCAGCCAGGGGAGGAGGAGGCAGAGCUAUUUCGGGGAGCUGCUGUUAUCUGCUCUCUGUUAAUCCCCCGGCUGGGUGGGGGAAGGUUUUCCCGGAGCGCUUUGCUGGGAGGGCUCGUAUUAAACAUUGGAGAGCAAAGAGGAAGAAGAGGAUUAGUGGGAGAGAGAGGAAGCCAGCUGCUGGUUUUACGCGGGUUUUCCAUCUGCUCUGCUUUUAUGGGUGCCACAGCGUGAGCCGUCUCACUUGGCUUUGGUUUUGUUGUUUUUUUUUUCCUGCUGUUUUGUUUUUUUUCCCCUCUUUCCUCUCCUCACCCCCUUCCCUCUCAGGUCUCUGUCUGCUGAGGUCCCUGGGCAUCACUGCUCCCCCAGAGCCCCCUGGCGCCCCUUCCUCCCAGUCCCACCUCCUGCUGGAGCGGAGCUGCGGGCACGAUGGAGCUCAGGACGGUGGUAGCCACGGUGGAGAGCGGGGAGCAAGACACGGUUCUCAAGGUGCUUCAGGUCUACAACCGGGAGAAAUCUCAGUGCUUCAUCUUUGACGAUGAGGAGCGGGAAGAGAGGAAGAAAAUGGCCCAGCUGCUGAUCAAGUUCCUGGAGAGAGAGCUGCAGCCGUCCUGCCAGGUCACCUGCUUGGAGAGCAUCCGCAUCCUGUCCCGGGACAAGCACUGCCUGGACCCCUUCACCACCAAGGAAGGCCUGAAGACCCUCUCCAGGCACGCUGGCAUUGAUUCCUCAGAGGAGCUCAUCCGGGAGGUCCCAGACUUGGACGUGAUCCUGGAGUCCCUGAAGUGUCUGUGCAACAUUGUCUUCAGCAGCCCGCGGGCGCAGGAGCUGACGGCCCAGGCGCGGCUGGUGGUGGGCCUGGCCCGGCGCAUCAAGCUCUACAACGAGAGGAGCUUCCCCCACGAGGUCAAGUUCUUCGACCUGCGUCUGCUGUUCCUGCUGACAGCCCUGAGGGUGGACGUCAGGCAGCAGCUCAGCCAGGAGCUCAGGGGCAUCAGCCUGAUGACCGACACCCUGGAGCUGACCCUCGGGGUGAAGUGGUUGGACCCUUACGAAGUGGCCACUGAGGAGGGACUUCUCCCACCUUUGCCUCGGCAGGAGACCGAGCGGGCCAUGGAGAUCCUGAAAGUGCUCUUCAAUAUCACCUUUGAUUCCAGCAAGAGGGAGGUGGAUGAGGAAGAUGCUGCUCUGUACCGGCACUUGGGUGCCCUCCUGCGCCACUGCCUGAUGAUCGCUGCGGAUGGGGAGGAGCGCACGGAGGAGUUCCACAGCCACACGGUUAACCUUUUGGGCAACCUGCCCCUGAAGUGUCUGGAUGUCCUCCUGACCCCCAAAGUCCGGCCAGGCUCACUGGAGUACAUGGGUGUCAACAUGGAUGCUGUCAGUAUCCUGCUGGAUUUCCUGGAGCGGCGCCUGGACAGGGGCCACAAGCUGAAGGAGAGUUUGACCCCUGUGCUGAACCUGCUGACUGAGAGCGCCCGGGUCCACCGCCAGACCAGGAAGUUCCUGAAGGCAAAGGUGCUGCCGCCGCUGCGGGACGUGCGGAACCGCCCGGAGGUCGGGAACGCGCUGCGGAACAAGCUGGUGCGGCUGAUGACCCACAUCGACACGGACGUCAAGCACUGCGCGGCAGAGUUCCUCUUCGUGCUCUGCAAGGAGAGCGUGUCGCGGUUUGUGAAGUACACGGGCUACGGGAACGCUGCCGGGCUCCUGGCAGCACGGGGCCUCAUGACGUGUGAUCGGGAGGAGGGACAGUACUCGGAAGAUGAGGACACGGAUACAGAGGAGUACAAAGAGGCAAAGCCCAACAUCAACCCUGUGACAGGACGUGUUGAAGAGAAACUGCCCAACCCCAUGGAAGGGAUGACUGAGGAGCAGAAGGAAUACGAAGCCAUGAAGUUGGUCAACAUGUUUGACAAACUGUCCAGAGAGCAGGUCAUCCAGCCCAUGGGCAUCACGCCCAGCGGCAGCCUGGCCCCCAUGGACAGCGCCAUCCACGACAUGGCUGAGGAGAGGUCCUCGUCCGACUCGGACCUGGGGCUGGACUGAUCCAGGCCUCUCGCCCAGCCUCGGAGCUGGGGAGCCUCCCUCUGUGCUCCCUCCAGAACUGGUGCUGCACCCAGAGGCUCAUCCUAGGACAGGACUCUCCCUGUGGGAUCGGGAUCCAACCUGGACCCCUCACAGUCCACACCAGGGAGCACCUCCAGCUUCCUUCCCAGCUCUGUCACCACCUCUUCUCCCAGAGGGUCUUCACGGCCUGGCUCCACCUUGGUGACUCCUGUCAGCAGCCUUGAGGAUUCCACACUCCAAUUUGCUUCCAGGAUUUUUCCAGUAGGAUUUUUUUGUUUGUUUAAAUACACGAUGUUUGGGAAGAAGGGUGGGAGGGGGAGGAUCUUCCUGUCACACCCUCGGGGUCCAGCGAUCUGUGAAGCACCCCAUCUAUGUGCCCACACUUGGGGGGUGUGUGGUGGGUCCCACGGGUGGAGCAGCUCCCCAGGGACACAGCAGGGAGUGUGGGAGGGGGUCGAAGGGUCCAGUGUAGCAGUUCCUGGGAGCAGAGCCCACGGGGUGCCGGGGCAGACAGCUGAGUGUGCACGACUGAGCACGUUCCCGUGGGCCACGGGAGAGCAGCACUCCAGGGGCUCCAGGAACACUCUGCUGUUCCGCCCCUGGCACUGAGCAGCCUUCCUGCUGCCACAGUUCAGUGCUUGGCAGUGUCCUGGCCCCGGCUCCCUCUUCCCAAUUGAGAGGCCAGAACCUGUGUGUUGUGCUGCUCCUCCUCUGCCUUGGCUUUCCCAUGGGUCCACUGCCCUUCACACCAGGGGCUGGGCCUGGUCCUGUCCUCUGCUGUGGCGUAGACUUGUCUUCUGUUUUGUUCGUUUGUAUUUCUUUUUAAAGAAAAUGGUUUUAAGGAAAAUGUUCCAGUUUGUCUCAUGUACCAGAGUUCCAAAACUUAGUAUCACAAGUAGGAAUGCAAAGUGCUAGAAUAAAGAAAACCUGACAAA